UUGUCCCCGGGGACCCCCAAACAUCAGAUAUUUAGUGGCCGGGCAUCUUCCCCGCUUCCCCGCUGUCUCCUCAGUCAGAUCAGGGCAGCUCCGGCGCUCUGGGGGCGGGGCCGGAGCCCAAGGGUGCGAGCAAAGCAGUGCAUUAAAUGUACUUUGGGGGCGCCUGACAAGCUCUCCUUUCUGCGCAUGUGUCAGAGACAGGCCCCGCCCCUCUUCUCUUUUUCCCUAGGUGUUCUAGUGAGUUUGACCCCGCCCACUUGUCACUGCUGUAGCUUCAUGCCUUCAGAAGGGCUAGAGUAGGAGAAAUGGGUUGGGGAGGGCAAAAGGAAAAGGAAUCCUAGAGGCCUUUUUUUAAAGUCUUGAGUUUUGUUCCAGUCGUUCUACAGCAUUCAGAGCUGGAGGUCAUCAAGUAUAACUGGCCUGUAAUUUUGUUGUCUCUCCUGUAAGCUCCUUGAGGGCAGGCAGUCUUUUACCGCUUAUUUUUUAUUCCCAAUAGUACCUGGAAAAUGCUUAAUAAAUGGUUAUUGAUUGCUAGAGGAAGAUGUUAAACACACACAGAGAAAGUGACUUGAGCUAGGUCAUAUAGCAAAUUAGUGACAGAGUUAACAUUCAUUCAUUCAGCAAACAUUUGUUUAACCCCUACUAUGUUCCCAGAUAUUGUGCUAGGCACUGGGGAAUAAGAAGAGAAAAUAACAAAGAGUCCCUGACCAGGAUUUUACAUAUCUUUAUGUACAAAGAUGAAUAAAUAAAAAAUAAUAGGGGGAGGAUAGAGCACUAAACUGGGAAGAAGAUCAGGAAAAUUCCUUUGGAAGGGGUGACAUUUGAACUGAGCCUUGAAAGGAGAGUCUCAGGUGAGGGAUGAUCUAAUCAAUUAACAGACAUUAUUAAGAACCUACUGUGUGCCAGGCAUUGUGCUAGGUGCUGGGAUACAAAGACAAAAUGGAACUCUCUCUUUGGGAGAAAUCCUUUGCAAAGAUAGGGAGGCAGGAAUUGAAAUAUCAUUUAUGGUUAUGGGAAACUGAAAGUAGAGUACCCUAGCUAGAAUGCAGUGUGUAAAUAUGAAUAUGUAAUAAACCUGGAAAGGUAGGUUGAGAUCAGACUGUAGGUGCAUUAAAUGCCAAACAGAGGAGUCCAUAUUUUAUCUGAUAGACAAAAGAAGUAACUAGAGAUUCCUGAUAUGAAAAGUAACAAUAUUUGAACCACAAAGCCAGAUGGCAAUAUUAUUGCCUAGAAUAACUGGACUCUGACUGUAAUGUGGAGCUAUAAUUGGUCUCCUGGGGAUUUCACUUCUGUGAUUUUUUUUUCCCCUGGGUAAUUUUAAGAUUCAGAAUAUAAAAUGCAAUCAUUUGAAAAAGUUAACUUAAAUAAUUUUUAGGAAAAACCCACUCUUAGUUAUUUACAUUCCUACAUGAUCUCAACAUACCUUUAUAUUAAAACUGCUCUUAUAAUUAUUAUAUUAUUGAUGGUAGAAUGGAGUAAUUGAUAGAGAGCCAGCCCUGUAGUCAAAAAGAUGACUUCAAGUUCUGCUUCUUACACAUAUUGGCUAGGUGACCCUGGAAGGUAAUUUAACUUCUGAGAAUUUACUUUUUUAGUAUUUUCUAAGAAUAUAGAAGUUACAUAAAAGGUGCUGCUCUACCCUGGUGGAAGGAGUUUGAUCAUUGAGAGUUUCCUAUUUCAAUUUUAAAAAAUCUUCAAUUGAAGUCCAUUAUGAAGAAAAUGAUACUCCAAGAAGAUGUCACCCAACUAAUAAAUGUCAGAUUUAGGAUAUGAACCUAUGUGUCCUGAUUCUAGAUCUGGCUCCUCAGUAGAAUGUUCAAGCUUGCAGUCUGAGUGAUUGAGACCAUCUUUCUGCUUGGAAUGCAGAUUUGAAUUGCAGAGUGAAGGUUCCAUGUGGAGAGGAUGCCCCUGAACAAGGAAUCCUUAACAUUCAAAGAUGUGGCGGUGGACUUCACUCAAGAGGAGUGGGGACAACUGGACCAUGCUCAAAGGAAUCUAUAUAGGGAAGUGAUGCUUGAGAACUACAGGAACUUAGUUUUUCUAGGGUAUCCCUUUUGCAAACCCAGUAUGAUCUCCCAGUUAGAAAAAGGAGAAGAGCCAUGGAUCCUGGAAAGAGAAAUCUCAAGGUGCACCCAUGCAAAUUGGAAGCCUAGGCCUAAAAGAGAGAAGUCAACUACAAAGCAGAUCAUUUCUACAGAAGAAUUAUCCCAGGAAAAAUGUAAAAAGGGUUGUUGCCAAGAUUUCAAUUUGAGAAAAACUUGGGAAUAUGAAGUCUUGUUAGAAAAGCAACAAGGUGACCAGGAGAGAUCUUCCAGGCAAAUGGCAGUAACUCAUAUGAAAACUAAGAAGGUGACUAAUUAUGAAAAUAAUAAAUUUAUGAGAAGAUUCAGACUCGGAUCAGUAUUUGCUUUACAACAGAAAAUACCUGUAGAAAAGAAUCUCUGUAGAUUUGACAAACGUGGGAAAAACUUCAAACAAAAUUCAAACCUGAUUAAAUGUAAUAGGAUCUCCUCAGGAAAGAAAAUAUAUAACUACAAUGAAUGUGGAAACUCAUUCAGGUACCAUUUGGAUUUUAUUCAAUAUCAUACUGGAAAAAAACCCUACAAAUGCAAUGAAUGUCCAAAAUCUUUCAAUAAGGAAUCAUCCCUCAGCAGGCACUGGAAAAUUCACAUUGGAGAGAAAACCUACAACUGUAAUGAAUGUGGAAAAAAAUUCAGUGAAAGAUCAUGUUUAAAUAAACACCAGAGAAUCCAUACAGGAGAGAAACCCUACAAAUGUAAUGAAUGUGGGAAAGCCUUCACUGGCAGAUCAUCCCUUAGUAGACAUCAAAGAAUCCAUACUGGAGAAAAACCCUAUGAAUGUAAUGAGUGUGGGAAAGCCUUCAUUCAGAGUAUACACCUUACUCGACACCAGAGAAUUCAUACAGGAGAGAAACCCUAUAAAUGUAAUAAGUGUGGGAAACCAUUUAGAUGGAAUACACAACUUAUUCUGCAUCAGAGGAUCCAUACAGGAGAGAAACCCUAUGAAUGUAAUGAAUGUGGUAAAGCUUUUAGCCGCAGUACACAUCUUAAUCAACAUCAGCUAAUUCAUACUGGGAAGAAACCCUAUGAAUGUAUUGUAUGUGGGAAAGCCUUCAAUGACAGGUCAUCUGUUACAAAACAUCAGCGAAUUCAUACUGGAGAGAAACCUUAUGAGUGCAGUGUAUGUGGGAAAGCCUUUCCUCACAGGUCAUCCCUUACUGAACACCACAGGGUUCAUACUAGAGAAAAACCCUAUGCAUGUGAUGCAUGUGGAAAAGCUUUCAGCCGAAACACAUACCUUACUCAACAUCAGAGAAUUCAUACGGGAGAAAAACCCUUUGAAUGUAAUGAAUGUGGGAAAGCCUUUGGCCGGAGCACAAACCUUGCUCAACACAAGAGAAUUCAUACUGGAUUAAAACCCUAUGAAUGUAAUGCAUGUGGGAAAGCCUUCAUUGAUAGGUCAUCCCUUUCUAAACAUCAGAGAGUCCAUACUGGGGAGAAGCCCUAUGAAUGUAAUGAAUGUGGGAAAGCAUUUAGCCACAUAUCUUCCCUUACUAAACACCAGAGAAUUCAUAAUGGAGAGAAAUUUUAGUUCAUGUGGAAAAUACCUUAUAAAUUCACCUUAUACAGAACAUUGGAGAAAUCAUCCUAGAGAACAUUUAGGUCAUGUGGUACACUGAAAAGAGUUGGAUUUAGAAUCAGAUUCUUGGGCUCAAAUCCCAGCUCUUCCAACAUACCCCCUGUGGCCUUAGAUAAAGUCAUUUAAACUUUGCAUCUCAAUUUCCUCAUCUCUAAAAUAAAGAAGUUGAGCAAAAUGAAGUCUUAAGAUUAUUUCCAGUUUCAAACCUACUUUCAUUUUCCUUCCUUCUUCCUUCUUUCCUUCCUUUCUCUCUUUCCCCUUACUUUUGUUCUAGAUCCAUAAUUAAUUAUUGAUUCUGAGGCAGAAGAGUAUUAAAGACUAGGUAAUGUCCAGGCUCACACAGCUAGGAAGUAUGUGAUGCCAGAUUUGUACCCAGGUCCUCCUGAUUCCAGGCCUGGCAUUCUUACCCACUGAGCCACCUAGCUGCCCCUCAAACCUGAUCUUUCUAACAGAAUUUAUCCUUUACCCAUUAAAUGAAUCAUACUGAUGAGCAGUCCUAAAUAAAUGUAGAAAAACUUUCAUGUAGAGUCUAGCACUUAAUUCAAUGUCACAUAAUUGAGAGUAGAGAGUAAACAUAGGAAUAUGACAUAAGAAAGUUUUCAGAUAUACUUUUGCUCACGCCAAAUAUAAGAUACUUUGAUGGAUCUAUAAUUUCAUUAAUAUGGAUACUCUCUCCAAUGAUGCAAAUGCUCAUUCUGAUGUAACUUUUGUCUUCCUAUAAAUCUUCCAGUGUGGCCCACCCACCAUGCUGCAAGUGUUUCUUUGAUUCUUAAGAAUCCUAUGCAUGCCUACAAAUUAAGCAUGUGACCUGCCAAUCAGUUAUCACUCACUCACCAUAUGAACAGCCUAAUUUUUCUGAUCAUACAAUUCUUUGGUGAAAUUCCACAUACCAUUUCUCUCUCUAUUUAUUGAUUGGGAAGUGUGUUGUAGCUCAUUAAUGCCCAUUACUUGAAUUCUUAGGAGUCUGUGGUAUUCUCCAUGGUCCUUAACUAUACAGCAUCACUGAAAGAAUGUUGUUGAUAAAAGACAGGCCUUUGUUUCAGGCAAAUGCUUGAAGUCAUUAAAAAGAUUGCACAGUUUCCUGAAGGCAAUCCAGCCUGGAGAUUACUGCCUUCCAAUUGAAUUUUGGACCUAGAUGUUUGUUAAUGUGCAAUCUUUCUGUGAUAUAUACCGGUAAACCAAAUUUACAGUUUGUCCAUCUAACUGCAUAUCAUAGUCUGGACAAUAGAAAUUAUUAAGCCACUUUUUCUUCUGGGGUGGAAAGUCAAACUAUCUAAUACUAAUUGGAACUCAUACUAGAGAGUAACUAUGAAUAUGUCAUGUAAGAAAGUCUUCAGAUUGAGAUCAGCCCAAGAUCAAAAACUUUAUUUUGAUUCUAUAAUGGAUCUGUGAUCUCAAUAAGAUUAUUCCUCCAGUAAAGUAUAACUACUCAUAUAUGCCCCCUCAUUAUGAUCAACUCUUGUCCACAUGUCAACCAUAAAUCUUUUACAGGAGCUCCAGGGUUUAACACAAUCCACACAAUGUCAACCAUAAAUAGGAACAGCUGGAGGACUUACCAUCCAUAUUAAUCUUCCAUUUAGACUUUACUAAUUAUCCUCCAUGAUGAUGGCAAAUAGCUUUGACAAGUACACAUCUCCCAUUUUUAAGCCUCCCUUAAUCUUAAGAGGGCUAUUGACUGAAGUUUAUCUCAUGUUUUUCAAGGGAUCUUGUAUGAUUCUAGUAUGCAUGGGAGUAAUCUUAAGGACAUAAGGAAUUUUAGAAAUUUUAUUUGACAUCAAUUCCACAUAUAUUGGUUUAUCCCGCAUGUUGCCUUUUAAUAGAGGAUUUCAACUAGAGCACUCUUUCCUAUUUCUCUCCCUCCUCUAUCUAUUAGCCAUAGUUAAAUAUGCAGUGGAACUAAUGUAAUUAAACUGACAUUUUAUGGAAGUAUACCAGACCUUACGCAUCCAACUGAGAAAAUUCAUUUUAAGAACAGAGUUGCACUUUGCUAUCUCACCUUAUUAUAUAACUUUAGCUUGGGUUUAAAGGAAAGAAUUUUUUUUUCUUUACAUUCACUCUGAAUUGAACGUAAGAAUCUCAGCAGUUUAAAUUUUUAUUUAAUUUCUGUAUAUUCUUUAUUUUAUCCUAAUCUCUUCUUAAAAUAAUGUAGGAAAUGCUUCCUUGAUUUUUGUACUUGACAUCUAAUUAAUCUACUUUUCUCCCCAAUCUGAAUUCAUUACUAGCACAAGGACUGUUGCAGAUGGUAGACAUUUAAUAAAUGUCUUAUUGAAUUGGAUAAGUAAAUACAAGGUAAAUUGAGGAACAUGACAAUUUCAUAAAAUAUAAACUGAUAAAAAUUAGGGAGAAUAUACAGUAAGAUUAUAUAAUCAGAAUGGCUUAUUUUAUAAUUCUUUUCCAUUGCUGUAUUUUUCUAUUUUUUAAUUCUAGUAGCAAAUAGUUUUGAUAAUUACUGUUUUCAAAAUGCAGAAUGGUAAGACAUCCUUCACUAACAUUUUUUUCAUGGCUCUCUUUAAUAAUCUUUUUUCCCUUUUGUGCUUUCAUGUAAAUUUUGUCACCAUUUUUAUUUUUUUAAGUGACUAAUUGAUAUUUAGUAUUAGCAUUAUUAUUAAUGUGUCUGUGAGGGAAGACAUUCUUCAGUGCAGAUCUAUGGCAACUGUCUAGAACUUACAGUCCUAGAAACUUACUAGGGGUUUGGGGAAGUCAGGAGACUUUCCUAUGGUUACAAAGAUAGUGCCAGAGGUGGGAUUUGAAUCCAGGUCUUCCUGACUCCAAGUAUAGCACUCUCUUAGGCCACAUCACCUUUCUUGAUAUUGUAUUGCAACUAUAUAUUAAUAUAGGAAAUAGUAACAUUUUUGUUGUACUAUAUCAUUCCAGUUAUUACAGACACUAUCUCUCCUGUAUUUUUCUUUAUUUCUGUCAACACAGUUUGAAAUUUCUCUUUAGAGGUCUUGUGUCUUAGUAGGCUAAUGCCCAAUAGUUGAUGUUUUUAUUAUUAUAGAGUACAUUUUUCUUCCUGUCAUUUUUUCUUUCUUUGUUAGUGGUACACAAAAAUGCAUAUGAUUUUGACUGUUUAUCUUAUACUGCUCUACUUAAUUAAGUCAUAUAUUAUCUUAAUACUUUCUGAGACUAAUCAGUCUUAAUCCUGCUUAGCUUUUAAGAUCAGAUGAGAUCAAGUACAUUUCUGUGUCUUGGAUUUUCUCAAUAUAUAACCAUAUUGUUUGGAAAUAAAAUUAUCUUAGCAUAUUCAUAUCAAAGAUAUUUCUUUAAUUUGUUUUCAUGCCUUGUUGCUAUAUUUGCAUUCCUAAAACUAUAAUGAUUAUUAAUGUUUAAAGUGAAAAAACUGCUUUGAGUGGCAAUGUUUAUAAUAUUUCUCUAUUGCAUAUAAUAUGGUUUAAAAUAUAUACUUUAUAAGACCAUGUUUUGAUAUUCCAAUGGACCCAUAAUCUCAUCAUUCAAUAAGCAUUUAUUAAGUACCUACAAUGUGCAGAGCACUGGGAGAUAAAAUUUCGGUAAGACAUAUAAACUGGCUUCUCAUGGACACAAAUACAUUAAAUGAUAAAUAAUUUUAAAGAAUUGCAAAUUAAGUCCUAUGUGAACUCUGAGAUAAGUAGUGUACUAGAGAUGAAAACAUGGUGAAUUAUAGAGGGGGAAGAUGUUGCACCAGGAAGUAGGCAAAAGAAAGAGGCUGAAUCUUGAUCCCCUCCCCUAUACUAAUUCCUGUUUCUUUCUUCCCAACUCUCUUGAUGGAGAUUUUCUCACAGAUGUUAAGUUGUAAAUUUUCCCACUAAUAACCAAUCCUACAAACUAAUACUUUAACUAAAAGAUCUUUUAGAGGCUGGGUUAAGAGGGAAAUUUAGGGUCUCCCUAAUCCUAAAUUAUCUUGUUGAUUGAAGGCUUUGAAAUAACAAAAAUUAUCUCCCCGCUAAGGGUAGAUAAUAGUAGCACUGCUAACAAUUCUCUUCUGGGCAAGACCAAAUAUCUCUUCAGCUCACAGUAUAAGUAGAAGGCAAUGGCCAGAGAGGAGAUGAAGGGGGUCUUGUCUUCCACCUUCAGGCAGAAACAGCCAAGUGAAUUUCCAGGCACCUGGAGCCUCUUAACUGCCUCUCCCUCAAGCUUCCAUUGGAACAGUCUCUCCCCUACUCCAAUCAUUUGUGCGUUCCACAUAUUCUGAAUUCUCAUUGCUUUGCAGAUCCAACUUUUUGUCUUUGCCUAAAUGUCUUCAUUCACAAUAUCCUCCGUUUUGUAUUUGGCAGAAUUACAGUCAGGAAUUCUGCGUUCCUAUUUUCAUACUUACCUAUUAUCUCCUAAUUUCUUCUAACUGUCUAAGCUAUGAUACUAUACUAUUUUAAAAUAUGCCACAACCCCCCAAAUAAAAAAUCUUAUUCUAUCUUUACUAUUCUAAUCUAUGUAACCCUAUUCUAAGAUUUGGGUUUUAAGGAGAGUGGAAUAGGUCAUAACAUACAAGUGCAAUAUAGAAAUAUGGUUUUGAAAACAAUAAUAACCAAUACAAAAUUUUAAACAGUUUUUAGCAACAAUGUAACUUCCUUAUUUCCUAAUAAACUAUAACCUGUUCUAAGUAAAACUUUUAUAAACAAUAAUAAUUCCUAGGAUUACUAUGUAACUUAACUUAUCAGAAAUAUGAUAUCAAUCUGUCCCUAAUCUACCUAGUUUCAAAUGACUUAACUAAUCUUGCCCUGUUUUAGUUGUUAGAAAUUUCAGUGACUUAAAAUUAUAUUGUUAGAAUGUUAAUUCCAUUAGUAUUAUACAAAUGUACAUGGUGCUAUCUGUACAAAUUUUACAUAUGUACAAUUCUGAUACAUUUUGCAUGAGAGUUCUGUUCAAAGUCAUGUAGACAAGAUUUUUCCUUUGCCUAAACUUUUCACAGAAACUCACAAUUAUAUCAGUAUGAAUUUUGUGUAUGUGUUCUAAUUAUGAGAUAUUACAUACUUACCCAAUCCAUGAGAUUUCUUUCCACAUUGUACUUAUGUGUAAUAGUGUAUAUGUGCAUGUGCCUGUGUGAAGUUAACCUGUAUGAUGAAUUCUUAUGUGACCUCAUCACCAUCAGUUCUAGAUUUCAAUGUCUUUCCAUGUCCUUGAUGUUGAUUGUAGGAAACAUACAUGUUUUGGGUUCUUCAUCUGUUCAGGUUACAUGUGUUGUCUGUCAUUUCCCCUUGAUUGAAGUCCUGUGUUCUUAAACAUACAGGAACAUGCAUGUGUCUAAGCUCUUUGUAUGCCUGUGUGUAAGAUUGAUUUUUCCUUGUUUGCAUGUGCAUGGAAGUAAGUUUGAAUUCUUCAUGUGUGCCUGUCAAUCUUUAAUGGUUUGAUUCUUCAUGAGUAUGCUUUUCCGUGUGAUAAUCUUCAUGUGCGGGUAUAUGUAAUAUAUUGUAAUAAGUAGAUUUUAAGAUAUGUCUUAUAAUUUUGAAAUGUGAUAUUGUCUUAUAUCAUUUGAUGUUUAAUUUUUCAAGGGGUUUUAUUCCAUGGAGAUUUGACGUCUUUGAGUUGUUCAUAUUAGGAGAUUAUUUUGACGUCUGAAUUUUUCUUGGAGAUAGAAUUUUUAUUUACUCUAUGGUUCUUGUUUUCUUAUUGGUAUAGAUAGAAUUAUACAUGAUGUAAUGUGUUUUGUAGAGAUGUGUCUUCUUUGUUAAGUAACCUUGUUUCAUUCUUAAUAUUGUUGUUGUUAUAAGCAGAGAUCUUUUCUUAUUGGAGCUAUUAUCUUCAUAUUUGGGACUAUUUCAUCAUUGCUUUUUCCAGUGCUUUUAUUCUGUUUUAACUUGUACUCUUGUGACUCUCAUUUGAGUUGUUCUUAUUCUUGUUCUUGUAGUAGUAUUGUUGUGUGCAGUGCUUUCAUUUUGUUAUUCUUCUUUUACUCUCAUGUAUUGAUUUCCAUUUAUAGGGACAAUUGUUGAAAUAUUAUCAGGGCUAUUGGCAAUACUUCAGAUUUUUUCUUAUCCAUUUUCUUUAGGAUGUUACUUCUUGUUCUUCUACAUCACUGGUAAUGUUAUGGAAAUAAUGUUGCUUUACAUGUGAGGCAUGAUACCAUGGAUCUUUCCCCAAUACUUUGACAGAUGUAGGAGUAACCAUAAUCACACCUAGAGGGCCUAUUCAACUUGGUUCUGUAGAUGUCUCUCUAUUAAAAUUUUUCACAUAUA